AUGCCCUUCCGCGAAUUUGCCAGGUUGAAGCUUGUGGCAAGCGUGAAUUCGGAAGGCAACACUACGAUGAAAUUCGAGCCUCUACCGGCACCCUUGGUCGAAGAUAACGUCGGAUCCAAUGUGCUCUUCCACUUCCAAAGUAGUUUCUGUAACGGAAUUAACACAUUAACCGUUUACGUCAGCCCUGUAGGCCCGACGCCUACCUCUACGAAUGAUGAUCGCUCGGGGGAGCCAUUGACUUCCUUACCAGGAUCAGAAUUUCUGGAGACACCGGACUCUUCAUUCAAGCAAUGGGCAGGAGAGAUGUCGAGCUUGAACCCCUUGUUUCCCCAGUUCCAAACAUCUUCACUUCAACGAGACUCACCAGAUGUGUCUCAUGCUCCUCCCAACUUAAUAUCCCAUCCUGAAAUAAAUAAGUGCUAUAGUCCGUUUCUCCAGGACUACGGAGACAGCGUUGACGCGUUGAGGAAUAAUUUACAAUAUUGGACAGACCCUACCAUUUUUGCCAUGCCGUUCCCCAAUUAUCCGAGCUCGAUGUCCUCACUUCCAACCUCUCCGAGUGGCACUACUUCUCCGGCUUCUAAUUUUUCGGAAUCAUCUACAGAUGAUCUAGCCAGUGUUUCUUCGCCAGAAGCUGUUCAUCAAUGUUCCCCCCAUCAUCUCUCCGACUCGGAGGUACCCAGACAAACGACAUCGUCUUCAUCACUAGCACCGCGACAUCGACCUCAUUCCAGAUCACGACGGUCGGGUUCUUAUCCCGACCACUUGAGUCGUGGAGUUCCCUCAAAAUCAUCCUUUCCUUGUACUUUCGAACCAUGUCCAGAAGUGUUUUCGCGGAAACACGAUCGUAUGCGUCACGAAGUCGCACAACACGGUUUGAAAUGCCAAUGGGUUUGCAAUAGAUGUCGAAAAUUCUUUGCCUCUGAAAAAACCCUGGCAAAACAUAGAUGUAGCGUAAACAGCGACGUACGCUGGACCACUCCGGCUCAAUCCAAUUCAGGUCAAGACGGAGUUGGCACUGUCCCGAUCUAG